AUGCAGACCUCAACCCGCAGUCGAGACACAGGCGCGAGCUUCGCCGCCCGCCAAAGGGGGCACCUGCCCCGAUUGUCGAUAAGCGAUGAGAAUCACCACGUUACCGAAACCAUCGGAUACCUCUACGAUGACGAUUCCGAGCAAGAGCAGCAGCACCCUUCCUAUUCAAGCCCAUAUCAGAAUGCGGAUUCACAAUCAGAAGUUAAAAUCAAUGGCCACCACGUGGAGGGUGUGGUGACCCCGAGGAGGACGCCGUCUAUACCCAGAAAACAGUUGCCCUACCGAGAUAUGCCAGACGACCAUGCUGGCGCACAAUCGAACGGUGUUUCCCGAGGGUCCCCUGGUCAAGUUCAUUCCUGGGAACACCAUAGUCGCACAUCAUCGUCGGCCUCGGGCUCACGAGAGCGCUCGUCCUCGGAUACCGCCACCUCUCCAUUCCCACUAAAUGAUAUUGACUACGAGUCUAGCCCGGCAGGUCUGGCGCAAGAGCUGAGCAAUUUGCAAGCCCUGAGACGCAUGUCAAUGCAUGUGGGUGCAACGGACGACCCAGACCUGCCCCAACUGAAUGCGGCCGGCAUGCCGAGUGCUCCGUCACCCACCUCGAGUGAAGACGACUCCUCUCGAUUAUUCUGGGUUCCGGCUCGAUUACACCCAGAACUUGCGCCGAAGGAAUUCAAGACGUUUUUGGAAAGCAAAGCAGAGCAAAUCAGAAGGAGAUCGGGCGAACUGUCGGCUUUUACUACACCAACCUCGUCUCGGUCUUCCUCGUUAAGUGCCGAAGGAGGUAAUUCUGGCUUGCGCAGAAAGAAAUCGAUGCUAUCACGCCAGAUCGAUAGUUCUGUGGGGUACCAAGAUGGUGCGGAACGAUUAGAGAGGAAAAAAUCACAGUCACGCCGGGCGGCGCCUCUAGACCCAAACCUGCAAGAGUUGGAAACGUUGGUUGCGAAUACCCCGGGCUUGUCGAGGCCAAGUCUAGAUCCUUCAUCAGAAGACGAUACCCCGGAUAUAAUACUACCAUCAGUCCCGGGCAAUAGUCUCAAAAGGUCGACAAGAACAACCUACCGACGAGGUGGAAGUGUCAAAGGGAGGGGAGAUCGAGGCACCUACGCUCAACGAGCCGCGAAAAGGGCAGCGGCUGGGAGCCCUUCGAGCAGCAGACCUGAGUCGCCCGAAUCCAGCAUCCCUGCGGUUCCUCCAUUGCCAAAUAUAUCCGUCGAGGGUCCCAGCCUUGCGCAGACCUUGAAGGACGUAUCUAGCACAGCAAAUUCCGGACGGACUGCUCCUACAAACUUCUCUCGGCCAGCAACCUCGUCCUCUAGCGGCGGGUCUUCUGGACCAACACCGUUUGAUCAUAGGUUCGGCAAUGACGACGAAACGAAAAGGCCAACAGCAGCAGGCAUACCUGAGUCGCGAAAAUCACCACCCCCUCCAAAAUCACCUCCUUCGACGGGCGUUUCUUUCGAGCGAAAGCCCGUGCCACAAAUUGUUGAGACUCCGCCUCCCCUUGAAGCGCCACAGGUGUCUGUCCAGCCUCCGCGGUCCUCUUCGAUGACACCCCCACCCGUGCAACAGCCAGUGCGACAUCCCGAGAGGGUUUCUUCUCGGGACGAUAGCCGAACAAGAGCCAUUUCCCCGCAAAGACCGUCGAUGCCGUCCAGGGGGUCUUUACCGACCAUUACACCCCGAACACCGUCCCCAGCAAAUCAGAUAUUGCCACAAACAAAACCCUCCCAAAGUCUCGAACAGCCAUCACCUCUGCCUGGAAAUGACACAAAUACUAGCAAUCUCUCGUUUAUCCCGACCCUCAGUGUGGAUAAGAGAGCCGACUCCAAAAAGAAGGAAGAGACCAAGAAGUCAAGCUGGAGUUGGUUGCUGGGAAAAGAAGACGGAGACAAAGACAAAUCCGAGAAACCAAAGGCCAAAAUUUCCAAACCUCCACAACAACACGACAAUACACGGCUUGAUCUGCUCCAAACAUCCAUUGAUGGGGGUGUUCGAGGGCGUGAAAGUCUGGUGCUAGAUCGGGAACACCUCAAGCUUGAUGAAGAACGCCGAAAAGAAAGCCAACGGAAAGCGUCAGGGAGUGACAAGAAGGAAAAAGAAGGCCUUUUCUCCUCGAUAUUUGGCGGCAAGAGGAGCAAGGGAGACAAGGAAAGCAGCUCAAAGAAACACCGCGACCGAGGUCUGUCGCCUGAGCCGCCGUACCGAGAAUUGAAACCCGACAUCGACUAUAAUUGGACCAGGUUCUCGAUUUUGGAAGAAAGGGCCAUCUAUCGCAUGGCACAUAUUAAAUUGGCCAAUCCUCGUCGAGCCCUGUACUCGCAGGUGCUCCUCAGUAAUUUCAUGUACAGUUAUUUGGCCAAGGUCCAGCAGAUGCACCCACAAAUGAAUCUACCCACGAGUGCCAAACAGCAGCGGAAACAGCAGCAGAAAGACCAACAGCAGCAGCCGGACGAAUAUGUCCAAUACCAGCGAUAUCAACAACAGCAAGCUCAGCAGCAGCAGCAGCAACAACCUCAAUCGUACCAAGGAGAGCAGUCAUAUGGUUCUCAACAAGAUUUUGCGGGUGAUUCGUCUGGCUAUGAUUACGACGCUGGCAGCUCGAGGCCAAGUUCGAGGGGAAGCAAGCACACGGUCGAGGGUAAUGGUUCGGCAUAUGGCGGUGGUGCCGGUGCAUAUAAUCAGUACCAUAACAACAAUCAACUUCAAGAGCACGUACAACAGGGGGGCUCACGCCACGGCGGGUCCCAGCUGGACGAUGAUGACGACGAUAUGUGGUAA